AUGAACAAGGGUGCGAAGAAGUUGAUAAAAGACGUGAAGCUAAUUGACGACAAAAUCGCAUCGCUGCCGUUGUUGGAUCAACAGCUUGAAGAUGAUCACCAUGUGACAGCGGUGAUUAGAGUUCUAAAAGAAGUUAGUUCGAUCAGUGUGUUCGUUUAUAAUUCCCUCCUCUUGUUCUUUUCCCCGCGGAUUUCAAAGCCCAAGUCCAAGAGUUGGUCCAAAUUGUUGGACAAAAGCAGAGUGGCGUGUGAAGAACAGAAGGGGAAAGGGAAUGAGUUGCAAAGAGUGGAUGUUGGAUUGAGCAACAUAUGGCAAUGUGGCGGAUCAAGUGAAGUGGGUGAAAAUUUGAAGAUGGCACAAAAUGGGCUUGAGGAGUUGGAGGCCAGUAUUGAGUCUAUCGAAAAUGGUUUGGAGCGCUUGUUUAAGGGAUUGAUUAAAGCAAGGGCGUCUCUUCUAAACAUAACGAUUGAAACGAGUGCUGGAAUGUGGAUAUGGAAAGAUGGAGUUUGUUUCUUUGCCAUUUUCAAAACUUCUUUGGAAGCAAAUAAUGAAGUGGAUGAAGUAUGA